UUCGCGGGGACGCGAAGGAGAGCCGGUCCGUCAGGUGACCGGCCGGGGGCGGGAGGAGACUUUCUAGCCCUCCCACUCGCUGGUGUCCCCCGGAGCUCCGGCGGACAGAGACGGAGGAGGCUUCAUGGCAGCGGUGGCGGGUGCAAGUGCCGUCCUGCGGGGGCUGCUGCGCAGGCGACUCUCUGUGUAUCGUGCGCCCCGUCUCAGCUCGAGGCCGAUGUCAGCAGAGUCGAAGAAACAGGACACCCUGGACAGCUACGAGACCCUGAAGGUGGAGCGGGUGCGAGAGAAGGUGCUGCACGUGGAACUCAACCGGCCGGAGAAAAGGAACGCCAUGAACGCCGCCUUCUGGAGGGAGAUGGUGGAGUGCUUCAACAAGAUUGCUCAGGACCCAGAAUGCCGUGCCGUGGUCGUAUCUGGUGCUGGGAAAAUGUUCAGUUCAGGCAUCGACCUGAUGGAAAUGGGCAGCGUGUUCAUGAUGAUGGAAGGAGAUGACACGGCCCGUAAGUCCUGGAACCUCCGCAAGAAGAUCCGGGAAUAUCAGGAGACCUUCACUGUGCUGGAGAAGUGCUCGAAGCCUGUAAUUGCUGCUGUCCACGGGGCCUGCAUUGGAGGAGGUGUGAACCUCGUCUCGGCCUGCGACAUUCGCUACUGUACCCAGGACGCCUGGUUCCAGGUGAAGGAGGUGGACAUAGGGCUGGCGGCCGACGUCGGUGUCUUGCAGCGCUUGCCGCAUGCCAUCGGCAGCCGGAGCCUGGUGAACGAGUUGGCCUUCACGGCCCGGAAGAUGAUGGCUCCAGAAGCGCAGAGCUCCGGCCUCGUCAGCCGCGUAUUCCAAGACAAGGAAGCCAUGAUGCAGUCCGCCUUCGACUUGGCUGUCGAGAUCGCCUCCAAGAGCCCGGUGGCCGUGCAGGGCACCAAAAUCAACCUCCUGUAUUCCAGGGAUCACCCAGUGCCUGACGCCCUGAAAUACAUGGCCGCCUGGAACAUGAGCAUGCUGCAGACGGAGGAUAUCCUCAAGUCCGCUCAAGCAGCCAUAGAGAAGAAGACGCCCAAGGAGCUUGUGUUCUCCAAGCUGUAGCGGCCCCGUCGUCCUAGAGGAGGGCGGCCGGCCCCGGCGGAGAGCGAUCGGAUCGGCCUGCCGCCCUGAGCACAGACUGGACGCCCGGCCCUUGUGAGAGAAGGGCCUGAAGUGCCUUUCGACAGCUGUGCACGCCGGUAAACAGCUGGACUCUGACUGUGUGAGAGAGGGGGGCCUUCAAGAACGGAGGGGGAGAGGAGGAACAGGGGCC